AUGAGUAAUGAGUCCUCGCACACCGAGGACUUAUCCUCCUGCUCACUCAAAGCAGAACUAUAUACUCGCGGACAAGCCCGUUUUGAGUCCCGUCCUCAAGGCACGUCUAACCCUAGCCUGACCGGAGGUGCGGACCUUCGGGAGGACGGCGAGUGUCAGCCCAGGGGCGCCCACGCUGACACUCUCCACCAGCCUAAACCCAUCACUGAUGGCUUUACACACCCCCCACCUGAAUAUGUGUACCACCCAAUUAAACCCGACAUUACCUACACAGCCUACACAGCGCCAUUUGACUCUCCCCAUCCUCCACACUCACUCACCAUGUUGCUCAAGUUGUUCGCUGAGAAGCUCUCAUCAGAGACGCCAGAACUUUAUACAAUGUUGGAUCUAUCCGAUAUCAUAUGUUUUACGACUCUCGCCGCCGAGGUAUACGCUUGCUCUGAAGGAGCAUGGAAUUUGUCACUCAAAAAUCCACGAGACAUUGUACCAUUUCUACGCAAAGCACUUGGUCUAUCACUCCCUUAUCACCACUGCUGCCAUCUGUGGGACAUCCUCUUUCCAAUGUUAUCCAACUCGCGAACUCAACCAUCUCUUCUAAUUCAAGAACACGGCCCUCAGGAAGAUAUCCCAGUCCAAAUCCCUGAACUAUUCCUUUCUCCGCCAAUGAAGCAUUGCUUGGUCUGUUCCACGUCUUCAACCACGGUCAAAUUGCAACAUUGCUCGCAAAUCAACGGUUACCUUGAUAUUGAUGGUGUCCACUUGGCUAGGAUUUACACAAUGAAAUGCCCAAAGUGCACCACAUAUUAUCGCCCCAGCUACUACUUGUCUGGUAGUGACAAAAUCCACAAUUGCUACUCUGCCACGGAUGCACGUCAUAAAGACAUAUCUCAAGUAUCAUGCCACUUCUUCAUGACACAUCAAUUGGCCGAGUUCUUUCGUACCAGACAAUCACUUGCUCAGUAG